AUGCAGUCCAUCGAGAGCAAAUGGAUGGCGAUGUUUCUGCUGCUGUUUGUGGCAGCCACAAUGGAAAUGGGAGGAGCCUGGCCCCAAGACAAGGUUACUUGUCGCAUGAAAGGAAGCCCAUGCUUUGGUAAAUUUGUCAGAUGCCCAAAGGAGUGCCCACACAUCAAACCGAGACACCCGAGGGCCAAAGCUUGUUUCAUGGACUGCCGCUCCCCCAAAUGUGAGGCUGUGUGCCGAGAUCACUAUCAAAUUGCAGUUUGCCACAAACCCAACUGCGAAGGCCCAGGGUCUGGUUGUCAUGACCCUCGCUUCAUUGGUGCUGACGGUGCUGUGUUCUAUUUUCAUGGGAGAAAGGAUGAGCACUUCAGCCUGGUCUCCGACCCUCACCUCCAGAUCAAUGCCCGCUUCAUUGGCCUCCGGCCUGCCGGCAGGACCCGCGACUUCACUUGGAUUCAAGCUCUUGGGUUCAUGUAUGGUUCUCACAACUUCACUGUCGAGGCAGCUCAUGUAAAGCAAUGGAGCAACGACGUUGAUCACCUGAAGUUCUCUUACGAUGGAAAGCCUUUGCUGGUCCCAGAAGGACACCUCUCCCAUUGGAAGUCACCAGAUACAGAGCUGACUCUGGAGAGGACUGGAACCAGAAACAGCAUCAUGGUCGUGCUUGAGGGGAUUGCAGAGGCCAUGCUCAAGGUGGUUCCAAUCACCAAGGAAGAUGAUGAGUUACACAACUAUCAGAUACCAUCAGAUGAUUCCUACGCACAUUUGGAGGUGCAGUUCAGAUUCUUUGGGCUCUCACCUCAAGUGGAAGGAGUUCUGGGAAGAACAUACCGUCCUGACUACGAGAAUACGGUAAAGCGAGGCGUGCUGAUGCCUGUAGUUGGCGGAGAAGACAAAUAUAAGACUUCAUCACUCCUCUCUGCAGACUGCAAGCUGUGUUCAUUUUCUCUCAAGGAAGAUAACGAGAUAGAGUUGCGCAUCCUGCGCUGAAGAUAGAACAUCCCAAAAAAGUGAAGUAAAUUUGCAAUAAGAGAGAUUCUUCGACAUAAAUUAAGUUCACAAUGAUGCUUAAAUAUAUAUAUUGUCUUGAGAAUAAAAGAUGUGUGAAUCACAUCGACAAACAUAAGUGGCUGUGUAUUUAUAAAAUGGGUGUUUGCCAUGUAAUCUAUAAGAGCAUUACUUGAAAGCACAAAAUAUGAGAUUGAUGCAUAUGAUUUUAUGUUUGUUAAUGAAACUAGGAGGAUUUGAGACCAUGGACUUGGUUCAAAAGGUUGCAUGAAUCAGCAAGUGAUAACUACUUUAUGCAGCGGACAGCUCUUCUAAUCUAGAAAGAAUUUGGACUCCCAUAGUUUUGAAUAACAACGAUUUUUUUCUCU